AUGAAGGACAUCGAGGCUACAAGUACCAGUGGCAAGACGAACGAGGAGCGUAAUGCGGAGAAGCGAAUUGUCAUCAAGAACCGCAGACAUCGCUACCUCGAGCUCCACCCGGAGUACUUCCACGGCUCCAAUCUCGAGCUGGCAGACCCACUGCUGUAUGAAAGGCUAGUCCGCCGCUUCCAAAGCUCAGCCGAGCGAGAGAAAGAAGGUAAGCAGCGAGGGUAUACGGGCAAUCUCGAAGCAGAUCUCGUGCGCAGCGAAGCCAAGCUAGCUGCACUUCGGAAUCCGGAUACGCAGAGGAGUGUUGUGUACCAGAGAGUGGAGGAUGGUAGUAUCACCAGUACCGAGGCAGAUCGGGAUGAGAGCGCUCAAAGCAGGGAGGAGGGUAGACGCAGAUGGGAAGAUAUUAUGGGGCAGCGGUUCUUGAAGAGCGAGGAUGAGGAGUUCGAGUACGCUGACGUGGAUGAGAAUGAGGAGUAUGAUGAUCGCGGGGAGAUAGACAGGAAGGCAUUGCAACGAUACUUGGACACUGAGGAGGAAGCAUUCGUGGGCGAAGGCGGCAAGCCAGAAGGUGAAACGGGUAUCCAGGACUUCUGA